AAAAAAAAAAAAGUGAGGAAGGAAGGAAAAAAAACCACACAGCUCAAAAUCCACCAACAAGAUAAAGUUGCAGAAUGUAGACCACCAACAAUGGCAAGAUCAUCAAACAUACUAAAAUAUAUUUGUCGUAGCCAUUCAAAAACUUUGAAUCUGAAAUUUGAAUAACCUAAGUUACAAUAAAUUAUUAAGAAAUUUUGCUUUUGGCUCUCUUCACUGUGUUAAUUUCUCUUCAGCAAAGUAUAUAAAUGACCCUACUUUUUCUUCUUUAAGCAAAGCUCAGAAUUCAUCAGCCCAAACCCUUUUCCAUUUUGUCCUCAAGUUCUCAACUUUUCCUCCAUUUUUCUUCUCAUUUGGGUUACAGAGAAAAGUUGGAUUACAAUCAGCACCGAAAAAAGCUUUGCCGGUCACUUUCCACUCAUUUCUCCCUUUUCUUUUCUUUUUUCUUUAAGAAAAAACAAUUGUUUGUUUUAUCAUUUUUUUUUAUUGUUUUCUUUUUUAGGCUAUUUAUUGACAAAAUGAUUCCACCAUAGAGUUUUGGCACUAUGCUUUUUCCUUCACCUACUUGUUCGUAAUUCCUGGUUUUCUGAUCUCAAAGUCCCCGCAUUUGUAUCUCUUCUGAGUUCGUCGCGUUUGGUUGUUUCAGUUUAAAUAGCCAGCUGUUUCUCUUUUCUUCAGAUCGAAAACUUCCUCAACCUGGGCUAAUUCAAAGUUUUAGUCUUUGUCUGAUUACUGAGCUCUGCUUUUUACCUUCUCAUGAUUAACUCCAAUUCACUGCAUAAUUUCACAUUGAAACCCUUAAUUUCUUGCUCAAUUUCAUCUAAUUUUCUCCACCCUGAUAGUUUUUUCGUCAAUUGCUUAUAUUGCUUUAGGUUCCGGCUAAAAAUUUGACCUUUUCCAUAUUAAACCGCAUCCUAAUUACUCAGCUUGCUAGAGAAAGAAAGGGGAUUUUUUGGUUUUUCGAAAUUUCCUCUUUUUCCUUUUUGGUGAACGUAAUUAUCUAUGAGAAAAGAAAUGGGGGAUCAUUUUAGACCUGCUUCAAUGGAUGACUUGCCAUGGCAUUUGUUACUUGAGAUAUUGACAUCAGGCCGAUUGAGUGGGGAGGAUUUAGUGUGUUUAGAGCUCACCUCAACAACUUUUAGAGGGAAUCAUGGGACUUUGCCUAAAGAAUUCCGCUCCCUAGUUGAUUUUGCAGCCUUUCAGCUUUGUGGGUUACACCCAAUUUAUGCUUCAUUGCCUUUAAUUGCCCAGAAACAGGUUUUUGAAAGGUGCAAUGGUAAUUGGAAGCGGCUCUGGUGGUUCUUACGGUCCGUGGAACAGUGUUCUGACGUGGUGGAAACUUCUGCUGGCAAUGUACUAUUUCUUGCAACUUAUGUGAUUUCAUUUACUUAUCAAUAAAUUUUGUUUGAUAGUUUUGGUACUUCUAAGUUUAACUUGUUUGCGUUCAUUCUUUGUAUGAAGUUUCUGAUUUUCUGAUGCCCUUUUCUGUUUGAAAAUAGUCCUUAUUGCCUGAAUUAAGAGAAUGUUGUUAGUUUUAUGAGAACAAUGUUGAUCAAAUAAUGAUGCAGAUAAGUAUAAGGAUAGUGUAGGAUGAUGCUUAGUUCUGGGAACAAAAUUGACUAGCAAUCGUGACUCGCCACAAAGUUUGGUGAUAACCUAGCUAUGAAGGGAAAUAACAAUGGAAAGUGGCAAAGCCCCUAGCCAAUGUAAGCAGCACGAUCAGGGAAAUAACGUUUUUCCCUUAACAAGCCUUCUCCUUUUUGGUUUUAGUAUAAGCUUCUAUCACACUGAGAAGUAUUCUCUGUCCCUUCUAAAAUCACGUCUGGGCAUACUUGUCCAGAAUGAAAUACUAUAGCAUUAUGUUGAGAUAUGAAAGCUUUUUGUGUUUCUUUGUGAUCUUACCAUGUGCAAGACAAGUUAACUUUCCAUCUGUUUCCAGUUUGAAGAAAGAAUUGUGCAAUUUUGGGGCAUUAAAGAAGGAAGUUACAGAAGAGACCUGAGACUCUGAGAGGAGCUCAGUUGAGCACUUAGACUUCAGUUAGUCUCAUUUGUUUCAUUUUUUUCUUGAGAAUUGUUUGUGACAUUUGAGAAGGAAGCUAAAGCAGAAACCUCUCAGUUGAGCCUUUUAGGCUUUAGUUGGCCUUGAUUGUCUCAUUUGUUGAGAAUUUAAGUUCUAGCUUUUUCAGUACUAAGGGAAUCACUCACAUCAAGGCUUCACUUUGUACCUGCAGAUGCAGAUAAGGAGCGGCAGAUAUCACACACUGCUGAUAAAUAAUUCAGUUGUGUACUCCUGUGGUUCCAGUUUAUGCGGUGUUCUCGGUCAUGGUUCGGAAACAACACAAUCUGUGGCUUUUACACCCAUUAGUUUCCCAGUAGCCACACAAGUUGUCCAGGUGUCAGCCUCCCAUAACCAUGCUGCAUUUGUAACUCAGUCCGGAGAGGUUUUUACAUGUGGGGACAAUUCAUCCUUCUGUUGUGGCCACAAAGAUACAAGCCGUCCCAUUUUUAGGCCUCGCCUUGUUGAAGCGCUGAAGGGAAUUCCUUGUAAACAGGUUGCUGCAGGACUCAGUUUCACUGCUUUCCUUUCGAAAGAAGGACAUGUGUACACAUGCGGAACCAAUGUACACGGUCAACUUGGACAUGGUGACACCGUAGAUAGGCCAACACCCAAACUAGUUGAAGGACUUGAACGUGCCAGUCACAUUGUUCAUAUCUCUGCUGGUCCUGGUUAUGCCUUGGCCAUUGGCAAUGAUGGGACCCUAUUCUCCUUUGGUUCCGGAUCCAAUUUCUGCCUUGGCCAUGGAGAACAGCACAAUGAGCUCCACCCACGUGCAGUUCAGUAUUUUAAAAGGAAAGGAAUUCAUGUAAUCCGUGUAUCUGCUGGUGAUGAGCACGUGGUCGCACUCGAUUCCAAUGGAUAUGUCUAUACAUGGGGCAAAGGUUACUGUGGAGCACUGGGACAUGGCGACGAAAGUGACAGGACUACUCCAGAAUUUUUGAAUAGCCUUCAGAGUCACCUUGCUGUACAGGUCUGUGCAAGCAAGAGGAAAACAUUUGUGCUGGUGGAUGAUGGCUCGCUUUAUGGAUUCGGCUGGAUGGCAUUUGGUAGUUUGGGAUUCCCAGAUAGAGGAAUGUCGUCUAAAAUCAUGAAGCCUAGAGUUCUGGACUGCUUGAAAGACGUCCACAUAGCUCAAGUUAGCACUGGCCUGUACCACAGUGUUGUAGUUACAAGUGGAGGACAAAUCUUCGGGUUUGGAGACAAUGAAAGAGCUCAACUUGGGCAUGAUUCACUCAGAGGCUCGCUCGAACCAACAGAAAUCUUCUUCAUUCAAAAGAAUCAGUAGAUAAUGCCAAUGUUGUUGUGGGAUAUUGUAUCUCCUUCCUAGUUUGUAAGGCUAGGUCUUUGUUUGAAUUGUAAUGUACAAUAUUUUUGCUUCAUUUUUUUGGAGCAGCUGGUUUUAAAACAUAUGUAUUUGCACAAAAAAAUUUUCCAGACAUCAAACGGGAGUGUGGCUGUUUUAUUAUUUCAUAAAAAAUUAAGUUAAGACCUCAAAAUCUUAAAUCUCGUUUGUUCGUUGUAUUAGGGUCGGAAACUUGACCAUUGUUCCGAG